AAUUUCCAUCAAAAAGAGGGGGAAAUUGAAAAGUCUAGGGUUUUAUCUGCCUCGCUUCCGGUUCCAGAACCGUCGACUCCCCUCACCACUCACCUCUCCCCGCGAAAAGUCGGCGGCGGCGGCGAACGGCUUCCCUUGUCGACGGCCACGCGGUAGCAGAGCAGAGCCUUGUCGUCGUUAAGGAGGAGAGAUGGCCGGCAUGGGCGAUAUGCCGAUGAGGCCGGCGCGGCCGGGCCCGCCUAUGCAGCACCGAGGGCCGCCUCCGAUGGCGCGCCUCCGCCCCGAACCCAUCGACCGUGAGAAGACCUGUCCUCUCCUGCUUCGGGUUUUCACAAAGGUUGGUGGCCAUCACCAAAACGAAGAGUUUGCUGUGAGAGGGAAGGAACCAAAAGAUGAGGUUCAGAUUUACACGUGGAAGGAUGCCACACUCCGCGAGCUCACUGAUCUCGUGAAAGAGGUUGCUCUUGCAGCAAGGAAAAGAAAUGCGAGGCUGUCUUUUGCUUUCGUAUACCCCGAUAAGAAUGGUCGUUUUGUUGUCAGACAGGUGGGUUCGACCUUCUCCUACGGUCAUGGAAGAGGGGAUGAUGCCAAAACUCUUGCAGAACUGGGCUUCCAGAUUGGUGAUUACUUGAGUGUCGCAAUCCUGUGAGCGAUGCCCCAUUGUGCUCAACUGCGUGAUGUCUAAAGCUGGGGCAAGGGAUGUAUCUCUCGUUAGUACUAGAGAACUGAAACAAACAAAAAAACUGCCUGUAAUAGUGGUAGCUUUGGGGUUAACUCGUCAUUUUGGACAUAAGACAUCUGGUGUGAUUGCUUGCUAUAACCUGUGUCUUUGGAGUUGUCA